AUGAAGAUGGAGAUUUCAAGGGUGAACUGGAUGCUGGCAGCUGUGGGGUUUCUCCUGUGGAGCAGCGGAGGCUCUGCUGCGCCCAUGGAGUGCCACUUCGACUCGAGAGCUCUGUGUGUGUUUGAGGGAAGACAAUACUCUCUGGGUGACACCUGGAUGGACAACGCCUGCAUGCAGUGCACCUGUCUGCACCCGGUUGGAGUCGGCUGCUGCGAGACGGUGCACCGGCCGGUGGAUUUCCCGGCGUGGUGUCAGGUGCGUGUGGAGUCAGUGACCUGCAAACUGUCUCUGGUGCAGGCGGCCGACCCCCGGCUGCCCUGCUACCCCGGCAGAGACUUCAACGACCCGAGCCACGGAUCGCUUCAGCUGCAGAACCAGCUGGAAGGGUAG